AUGUCGGCGCAGGAGCUUGUGGCCUGCCUCUGCCGGGAAGGAGACCAGCACCUGGCCCUGGGAGAGCCCCUGUUGGCCACUGCCUUCUACCUGGCUGCCUUCAGCUGCCACGCCCCCUCGGCCGUGCGCAGGGUCAGAGCUGCCCUGGCUGAGGCCCAAGGGGCACCUGUGGUGGCCACCCUAGAGGCCUGGUGCCGCGGUGACAGCCAGAUCCCGGCCAUCCACUGGGACGGCAUGGCGGUUGUCUCCCUGACAGGGACCCAGGCCUCCGCUUUCCUGGCCACCCUCUGCCCAGACCACCCAGCCGCGGUCCUGCACUCCCUGGCCAGUCUGCUGGCACAGGGGCGCCACCAGGAAGUGGUUCAGCGCUGCAGCACCUUGCUGGAUGCUCACUCCCAGCAAGCCCUGGAGCUUCGGCUGACCCGCGCCCUGGCCUGGAUCCUGUCCGGGGUGCAGGUAGACGCUGGUGUGGCAGGAUAUCUGCAGGCCUUUGCCACGAGUGCAGAGCGGACUGUGGCGUUUGUGCGAACACACCAGCAGCCCUACCUCCCCAUGCUGAUCAGCACCCUCCAGGACUAUAUCUCAGGGCGCCAGGAGGCGGAGGACCCCAUCAGCCAGCAGAAGACCGGCUGCCGGGGACUCUUGGGGGCUCUGGACCCUGGGGGCACCUGGAGCAGUGCCCUGUCACCAGAAGCCCUGCUCCGCAGUGGCAGGUAUGAGGACUGCCGCGCAGCAUGCAGCCGGGCCCUUGAGUCCAACUUGAUGGGCGGCCAACCCCAAGGUGAGCGUCGGGCAGCUCUGCUGGUCACCCGGGCGGCCGCGGCCUUAUUCCUAGACUGUGGGGCCCAGGACCUGCUUCAGGACCUGCACGAGGCCUUCCGCCAGAGCCCUUCGGGGGCGCGGAGGCAGUUUGAGGUGGUGCUGUCCGCGGGGGACCGAGAGCGCUUGCGGGCCCAGGCUCAGGAGGCGGCGGACCUGGGCUUCGCUCACUUCCAGGAGGCCGUGCGGAGCCGCGCCGAACUCCGCGAAAACUCGGGCCGCGAGCUCCUGGCCCCGGUGACCCGCGCGCUCCGUGUCCUGCUGCGCGUUGCGCCGCCCGGGGUGCGCCCGGCACUGGGCACUCGCUUGGCCGAGUGCCUGCUGCUGGCCGGGGACGCGACUGGCGCCCGGGCGCUGUGCGAGCGCUUGCUGCGGCCUGCGCGCCCCGAGGACCGCGCGGACUACCGCGCCCGGGGCUGCCCCCGGGACCGCGCGCCCCUAUUGGCGCUGCGCGGCUUCUGCGCGCUGCACGCCGGCGACACGCGGCGCGCCCGGGAAGACUUCCAGGAGGUGGUGGAGCACGGGCCGCCGCACCUGGGCAGCUGCGUGCGCGCGCUGUGUGGCCGGGGGCUGCUGAGGGUGCUGGAGGGUAGCGCAUUCCUGGGUGCUCUGGACUAUGUCACUGCCUGCCGCCUGCAGCCCGAGGAAGCACUGCUCAUCGCCAAGGCCUACGUGCCCUGGAACCAGCGAGGCCUCCUGCUGAUGGUGCUGCGGGAGGAGGGCCGCAGGAUGCUGCAGCGGAGGCCGGACCUGGGGCUCGCGGACACGCAGGGCCGCCGGAGUAAGGCCGUGGAGAUGGACCGCCCCGAGGAGCAGGAAGGGGAUGCCCAUGGUGUGUACCAGCUGGCCCUGCUCCUGAUGGAGCUGGACAGGGAAGACGAGGCUUCAAGCCUCCUGGGGGCUGAUGCCCUGUACCGCCUGGGCCGUCUGGAGGAUGCCCACAAGGCCCUGCUGCUGGCCCUCUCCCGGAGGCCCCAGGCGGCACCUGUGCUCGUGCGACUGGCCCUGCUGCAGCUGCGCAGGGGCUUCUUCUAUGAUGCAAACCAGCUGGUGAAGAAGGUGGUCCAGUCCGGGGACACCGCCUGCCUGCAGCCCACCCUGGACGUCUUCAGCCACGAGGACCGGCAGCUGCUGCGAGGCCACUGCCACGCCCGGGCCCUGGCCAUCCUGCGGGCGCGGCCCAGCAGGGCCGACAGCACAGCCCACACCAGGGAGGCCAUCGCCUACCUCUCUCUGGCCAUCUUCGCUGCAGGGAGUCAGGCAGUUGAGUCCCUGCUCACCCGUGCCCGCUGUUAUGGGCUCCUGGGCCAGAAGAAGACUGCCAUGUUCGACUUCAACUCAGUGCUGCGGGCUGAGCCGAAGAACGUGCGGGCGCUGUGCGGUCGGGCGCUGCUGCACCUGACCUUGGGCCAGCAGCAGGAGGCCCUGGACGACAUCCUCUUGGCUCUGAAGCUCGACCCCAGGACAGUGGUCCCUGAGAUCUGCUCUCUGAAGCCAGAGGCCCAGGCCCUCAUCGCCCAGGGCCUCUGGUCCCACUGUCGGGCCCUCCUGAGCCAGCCGCAGGACCGCAGGGACCCCCUCAGCGAUGAGUACGCCCGGGGCCUCCUAGCUGUGGGGGAAACGCUGAUCAGAAUCGAUGCCGGGCAGCUGAGCGGGCACAUUCUGCUGGCAGACGUGCUCAUUGCAGUAGGCAGCUAUGAGGAAGCUGGCGCCUGCCUGCAAAAAGCCCUGCACUCCACCCCGUGGUCAGAGGCGGCCCGAGCCCGGCGAGGCCUGCUCCAGCUCAAGAAGGGAGAUGUGCUGGCUGCUGUGCGGGACCUGCAGUGCCUGGCAGAGACCGACGCCCAGGAACUCGGCUUCCUGCUGCAUCGCCUGGAGGCCUCGGAGCAGCAGAGCCUCAGCCAGGCUGCAGCCCAGGAGGCCAACGCCCUCCUCAGCUCAGGGCAGCCUGGGCAAGCCCUGGGCUACUGCUCACUGGCCGUGCUCGCCGGCGGCAGCAGCGCCCGUCACCUGCGCCUGAGGGCCACCUGUCUGGCUGAGCUGCAGGAGUUUGGCCGGGCACUCGAGGACCUGGACCGUGUCCUCCGGGUGGAUGUGGGGGACAGGGACCUCCCGACACGGGUGGAGGACCUGUGCUCCCGGGGCCGCCUGUUGCUGAGCCUGGGGGAUGGGGCCGGGGCCACGGGGGCCUUUGCCCAGGCCCUCAAGCUGGCACCCACCCUAGCCCAGAGCAGCCUGUGGGAGCGGCCGGGCCGGGCCCCCACUGCCCAGGCGUUCCUGUGCCAUGGCCAGACCUGCCUGGAGGAGCAGCGCUACGCAGAGGCCUGGACAGCAGUGGAGAACGGCCUCCUGGCAGACCCCGAGCACAGCAGCCUGAGGAGGCUGAGAGCCAGAAUCCGGAGGGAGGCAUCCUUGGGCUGCCGGCUCCACUGACCCUAUGCUCCUGAGGCCCAAGCUCCAGCCACCCCGCCGUUCCACCCUGCCCAGGCUCCCGAGCCACGGGAUACGGCGGGCCUGAUGCAGAGCACGCUCAGCUGAGGACAGAGACUCCACAAGAGCAUGUAGAUAGUAAUACCUCAAGAUGACAAAGCUGUAAGUUAACAUCCUGAAGUUCCCUGCGUGUAAAGCAGCUCUUGGGUCCAAGAGGAGAUCAAAUGUGAAAUCAAAGAAUAUUGAAAAACGAAUCCUAAAACCUGUGCAGAGCAGCACCUGUAGGACAGCCCAGCGGGGCUGAGGGAAGAUCCAGCCCCAAGCAGAUUACCAAGCAACAGAAGGAAAAUGGAAGUGUGUGUUCAGUUCAAGAAGUUAGCAAAAGACAAUAAAACUAAGGAAAUCAGGAGCUAGGGAUUAAGGAUGAAAGUGGAAAUUAAUAAGUUAGGGAUAAAGAAUAGAAGAAUAAAUGCAAAACACAGUUCUUCAAAAAUAUAAGUCGAUGAGCCAACAGCUAAUUGUUGAGAGAGACAGAGAGAGCACGAGGGCCCUCACUGGCCGCAAGGCUGCACGAGCCCCACCAGCUCUCCCAGCAGGAAGAAGAGUAGGUCUCACUCGGGUCUGAGGGCGCCCGUCACUGCACAGCCCAGUGGCCAAGUGACGGUGGACCUGGCAUCCUGCUGUAGUAGCACCUCCGGGUGGGAUCUCGGGUUCUGUGGGGCCGCUCGUCAUUGGCUAGUGUGAAGCAGAAGAGUUGGGAUGGGGUCUCGGGAGACAAGCAGGGUCCCACAAGCAGUCACUGAGGGAGCCGUGAGCUUUCUGAGAGGACCUUAGGUAUGGGCGGCCCACCUUACCUGGUUGUUUUGCUAACAGCCGUGUCAGACAGCCGGCAACACCUACUCCCCACGGAUGUCUUGAAAUGGACACCCUGGCAGCCAAAAGCUUAAUGUCGGGCACACUACAGAGACAAAAUUUUAAAGUGACAAAUACAAAGUAACAUACAGAGGAGAUUAAAAGCAUCAUGAAUUGUUUCCCUAGGCAGAUAAAUUUGGAGGCUUGGAUGAAAUGGAUUAGCUCCUAGGCAAAUAUUUAACUAAAUGACCACAAUCGGCCUAAAGCCUCUGCAGCACGGUUGUCAUGGAGGAAAAGCAGGCUCAGUUCCAGACGGCAAAACCUGUCAACCUUUAGAGGAUAGUCCAUUCCAAGUGUCUUUAAACUCCUUUAUGCCAAGAAAAAGAAAAGCCUCCAAGUUCUUUGCUGAAGAAAGCAUAAUAUCAACCAAAAGAAAGCUGCAAACCAGUCUAUGAAUUACCAGUUCAGAAAUCCUAAAUGCCAACAAGCCCAAAUCCAGUGGUGUGUUAAAAAAGAACACCCUGAGCAACAUACACAGGAAUGCAGAGAUGGUUUAAGGUCAGGAAACAUGUUCACGCAGCGCAUCACAGAAAUAGAGCCUAGAGGAAAUAGGCCCUGUGAUCCUUCCUGGGGACUGCUGUCGGGGUGCACGGUCACACAGGAUGGGUCAUCCCUACACCUCUGGACUCCUCUGUUCUAUUAGGGAGGCUCUAGCAUCUCAGCUUUAUUAACUGUAGGCCAUUGGAGAAGAUUGUACUCGAGCACAUGAACUGGUGGCAUCACUCCCAGCCACCAGUGUGCACCAGCCCAUUAUCUUCAGCAUCUGUGGGGGUGCCAGCCCCGCCCAGAGCUGUAUUCUCUCUGCCACAGCCUAGCACCCUCAGGCUCUGUUCCCACAAAUUCCCAGGGUCCCCUGUGAAUGGGUGGAAUCUUGCAAUUAUUGGGGUGCAUAUGCUAGUUCCUCCAGGAUCUAGCCACCCCCACCCAUCAGCCAUCCCUGUACCUGACCCACCCCCACCCCACCAAGGAUGCUGAGAUUAGACCUGAUUUGUGGUCUGGAGGCAAUGGGUGAAGGACGGGGUUCUGGAGGCUGAAUAGAAAGCAUCCUCCUUUCUGGGCACCUGACCCACAUGAGGCUCUCAGGAUUCAUAAAGGGAAAAAAAGGCAAGUCUCCAGCACUGGAGGACGAGCUGCAUCCACUGGGAAGGGGCUCAGCUUCAUCUGAGCACCGUCCUAGUUCCAGGCUCCCAUUCCUUCCCAAUGAGCAUCCCAACUCUUAAUAAGAAAGUUGAUGGGACUGCAAAUGCAGCCAAUGCUGUACUUGCACGGCUCAUGGAAAUAAAU